AGUCUUUCCAUAUGGGGAUGGGGAAGUCUUGGCCUUGUGCUUUUUCUAGUAACUUUUGGACCCUUCGCUAUAUUUUAUUUUGCAUUUUAUAUCCUCUGCUUUGUGGGUGGGGGUUUUGUGGUUACUCUUUUAUUUGGAAAAAGCAACUCAGAAAAAUACCUUGAGCAGUGUGAACAUUCAUUUCUUCCCUGUACAUCAGUUGGGAUCCCUAAGUGCAUAGAAGAAAUGAAGCGUGAAGCCAGACCUAUUAAGAUUGACAGAAGACUGACAGGUGCAAAUAUAAUUGAUGAGCCUUUGCAACAGGUAAUCCAGUUUUCCCUGAGAGACUAUGUGCAGUAUUGGUAUUACACACUGAGUGAUGAUGAAUCGUUUCUUCUGGAAAUCAGGCAGGCUCUUCAGUAUGCACUGGUUCAGUUUUCUGCCAGGUCGAAGGAAACGGACUGGCAGCCUUAUUUCACUACACGACUUGUUGAUGACUUUGGCACUCAUCUUCGAGUUUUUAGAAAAGCUCAGCAAAGAAUAGCAGAGAAAGGCGAUCAAAUGAAAGACCAAGCUGAGGAACUUGUAGAUACAUUCUUUGAGGUUGAAGUUGAAAUGGAAAAAGAAGUCUGUCGUGAUCUCGUCUGCACUUCUCCCAAAGAUGAAGAAGGAUUCCUAAGGGAUCUGUGUGAGGUUUUACUGUAUAUAUUGCUACCUCCUGGAGACUUCCAGAACAAGAUCAUGCGAUACUUUGUCAGGGAAAUCCUCUCCCGAGGAAUUCUUCUUCCAUUAAUAAACCAGCUCAGUGAUCCUGAUUAUAUUAAUCAGUAUGUCAUAUGGAUGAUUCGUGAUUCCAACUGUAACUACGAGGCCUUUAUGAAUAUUAUUAAAUUAAGUGAUAAUAUAGGAGAGUUGGAAGCAGUGAAAGAUAAAGCAAGUGAAGAACUGCAGUAUCUUCGAUCUCUAGAUACGGCGGGAGAUGAUAUCAACACUAUAAAAAAUCAGAUAAACAGUUUAUUAUAUGUUAUUAAAGUAUGUGAUUCAAGAAUUCAGAGGUUGCAGUCAGGAAAAGAAAUAGAUACUGUGAAACUGGCAGCAAACUUUGGAAAACUUUGCACAGUCCCUCUGGACCAUAUUCUGGUAGACAAUGUUGCACUACAAUUUUUUAUGGAUUACAUGCAGCAGACUGGUGGCCAAGCACAUCUGUUUUUCUGGAUGACAGUGGAAGGAUACAGGGUUACGGCACAGCAACAGCUGGAGGUACUUCAAAGCCGGCAGAAAGAUGGAAAACAUCAGACUAAUCAAACCAAGGGUUUAUUAAGAGCAGCUGCAUUCGGAGUUUAUGAGCAAUAUUUAUCAGAAAAGGCAUCCCCAAGAGUUAAUAUUGAUGACAACUUAGUAGCAAAACUGGCAGAAACGCUGAACCACGAGGAUCCAACACCUGAAAUCUUUGAUGACAUUCAGAGAAAGGUGUAUGAAUUGAUGCUGCGAGAUGAAAGGUUCUACCCUUCGUUCAAGCAGAACGUGCUGUAUGUGCGGAUGUUGGCUGAGCUGGAUAUGCUGAAGGAUCCUAGUUUCAGAGGAUCGGAUGAUGGGGAGGGAGAAUCUUUCAAUGGGUCUCCUACUGGCAGCAUAAAUCUGUCCUUGGAUGACCUUUCGAACGUCCCUUCUGAUGAGACAGUUCAGCUCCACGCGUACAUCUCAGAUACUGUCUAUGCUGACUAUGACCCAUAUGCUGUGGCAGGAGUGUGUAAUGACCAUGGCAAGACAUACGCACUGUACGCUAUCACAGUCCAUCGGCGAGGCCCAAACAGUGAAGAGACUUGGAAGACAUAUCGACGCUACAGUGACUUCCAUGACUUUCAUAUGAGGAUCACCGAGCAGUUUGAAAACCUUGCAAACAUACUGAAACUUCCUGGCAAAAAGACAUUUAACAAUAUGGACAGAGAAUUUUUGGAAAAGAGGAAAAAAGAUUUAAAUGCAUACUUGCAGCUCUUGUUAAAUCCUGAAAUGAUGAAGGCUUCUCCAGCUUUAGCCCAUUAUGUGUAUGACUUCCUGGAGAAUAAAGCCUACAGCAAAGGAAAGGGGGAUUUUGCACGGAAGAUGGACACAUUUGUAAAUCCACUGCGUAACUCUAUGAGAAAUGUAUCAAACGCAGUCAAGUCUCUCCCUGACAGCCUGGCAGAGGGAAUGACUAAAAUGUCAGACAACAUGGGUAAAAUGUCAGAGAGAUUGGGACAAGACAUAAAGCAAUCAUUUUUCAAGGUGCCUCCUUUGAUCCAGAAAACUUAUUCAGAUCCUGACCAUUGCCGUGUUGCAGCACCAAUUGAUGACAAUGUGGAUGACAAUAUUCCGCUGAGAGUAAUGCUCCUCCUUAUGGAUGAAGUCUUUGAUUUAAAGGAAAGAAAUCAGUGGUUAAGAAGGAAUAUAAAAAAUCUGCUUCAGCAACUUAUUAGAGCAACAUACGGUGACACAAUUAAUAGGAAAAUAGUUGAUCAUGUUGAUUGGAUGACAUCUCCUGAGCAAGUAGCAGAUGCAGUUAAACGCUUCAGAGAUGCCUUUUGGCCCAAUGGCAUUUUAGCAGAGACCGUUCCACGGAGGGACAAAGCUAUUAGAAUGAGAACGAGAGUGGCGGGAAAGACCAAAUUACUGGAGGUAAUGCCAGAUGAACUGAAGCACAUCAUAGGUGCUGAGACAACACGGAAGGGCAUUCUUCGGGUCUUCGAAAUGUUCCAGCACACUCAGCUCAAUAAGAGAAUGGUGUAUGUGUUUCUGGAGAGAUUCCUUGAGACCUUAUUUCCACAAAAUAAGUUCCAUGAGCUCUUCAACAAACUGCAUUCACGGUCAAAGCAGAUGCAGAGGUAUAAGCAGAGACUACAUUCUACUCAAGCGCCUUCCUUGCAGAAAAGUUCAACCACUACCAGAAGGGUUUGUGUGUCUUAA